AUGAGGAUCUUUAACAAGAACCUUCGCCUGCAGGACAUCACCGUCAUGUAUUUCACCGCCCUGGCCGCUCUGAUGGUCAUCCUGGUGGCCUCGUACCACGCGCCCGGCAACCCGGUCGACCUGUCCAGCCUCAAACAGAAGCCCUCCAGCCCUCUUCCGUACCUCCCCAUGCCUUUCCGCGUCCCCCUCGACCCCCGCGGGGAGCUCCAGUUGGCUUGGAACAUCAGCUACGCCAACCAGGAGGUUUACAUGGAGCUGACGGUGGCAGAGCUCCGGCACGGCGUCGUCCUGGGGAUGUCUGACCGCGGAGAGCUGACCAACGCAGACCUGGUGGUGCUGUGGGACUCUGGAGACAGCAGCUACUUUGGGGAUGCCUGGAGUGACAGUGACGGCCACGUAUCGCUGGACAGCCAACAGGACUACGAGCUGAUUGAAGCCAAGCAGAAAGCCGGGGGCUUCCACCUGCUGUUCAAGAGACCGUUCAGUACCUGCGAUCCCAGAGACUACCUGAUCGAGGAAGGAACCAUCCACAUCAUCUACGGGUUCCUGAACCAACCGCUGGCCUCACUGGAGCAGCUCAACCUGUCCAAGAUCCACACAGGAGUACAGCGAGUUCUGAUGCUGCGUCCCGACACGCCAUCGCCUUCUCUGCCUCCAGAUGUGCAGACGCUAGACGUCGUCUCACCAAAUGUCGUUAUACCAAACCAGGAAACCACCUACUGGUGCUUCAUCCACAAGCUGCCUGAAAACAUGCCCAAGAACCACAUUGUUAUGUAUGAGUCAGUGAUAACGCCAGGUAACGAGGCCAUCGUGCAUCACAUCGAGGUUUUCGAAUAGCGCCCGGAUAUUCGCGACGUCCCCCAGUACAGCGGCUCCUGUGAAGACAAGAUGAAGCCGGGCAAGCUCAACUACUGCCGCCACGUGCUCGCCGCUUGGGCGAUGGGAGCCGAGGCUUUUUACUAUCCUCCCGACGCUGGCCUGGCCAUGGGAGGACCCGGUUCUUCAAGGUUUCUUCGCCUGGUGCAUUACCAUAACCCUCUCCUUAUAUCUGGCCGGCGCGACUCAUCUGGGAUACGACUGCACUACACGCCCAGUCUGAGGCGAUACGACGCCGGGAUCAUGGAGCUGGGCCUUGUUUAUACUCCUAUAAUGGCUAUUCCACCCAAGCAACAGACCUUCUACCUGAGUGGAUACUGCACAGCCAAGUGUACCCAGACUGCUCUGCCUCCAGGAGGAAUCUAUAUAUUUGCGUCCCAGCUGCACACCCACCUGGCUGGCCGCGGGGUGAGGACAGUUUUGGUGCGGUCAGACAGGGAGGUGGAGGUGGUACAGGAAGACCAGCACUUCAGCACACAUUAUCAGACAAUCCGAGUCUUGAGGAAAAUGGUGAAUGUUCUACCUGGUGACGUCCUGAUAACAAAGUGUACUUUUAACACAGAAGAUAGGAGCAAGCCUACAGUGGGAGGCUUUGGCAUCAUGGAGGAAAUGUGUGUUAACUACAUUCACUAUUACCCCCGUACUCAGCUGGAGCUGUGCAAGAGCCACGUUGAUCCUGGAUAUCUGCAGAAGUACUUUAACUUCAUUAACAGGUUUCAUGGAAAUGACCAGUGUGUGUGUGGCGAGGUUGACGUGACAGAGCAAUACUCUCAGCUACAGUGGGAUCCAUUCACCGGAGAGGUGCUGGACUCCCUUUAUAACACGGCUCCCAUCUCAAUGCACUGCAAUCAGUCGACUGCACGUCUCUUUCCUGGCGAGUGGGACAAGCAGCCUCUCCCGGCGGUCACCUCUGUCCUGGAAAAACCUCGCUACCCCUGCGAGGGAGGCACAACUCCCCCCAGCUGA